AUGCAAGACGACGGCGUUUUUCGCAUCAUCAGCCAGGGUGUCAACUCGGGGAAGUUACCCGACUUCCCCAAUUCGGUCCAAUCUACCGUGAACAUCUCGGUGAUUGACUUUUGGCUAUACCACGGAAACAACAAACACGUCAGAUGCAAGAAGGAAAUUGUACCGCCCAAUAGCCAGGAGGAAUUUCUGAAUAAACGGGUGGGUGACGAUGGCGAGUCGCUGCUGUUCCGCCUCGUCUGGGCUACUGCCGACAGCGAUUAUCCGGAAAACAACCUCUCUAGGUCGAUCAGGGAGAGAGUGCUGGGCCAUUUCGGCCUCGGCUUCGCCUAUCAAUACGCAAACACCUUCUUCAGCGGAAUCACCUCCCUAUCCUCCGAGAGACUCCAGGACUCUUACCGGCAAGCCCAUGUAUUUUGCUAUAAGCCUAAUAUGGGUGCCGUAUGGUCCCACACUGUCCCGAAAGGUGACAAAGGCUUUACGGAGUGCCUUGUCAUGAGCCACAUCUCGGGCAACGACAGUCCAGAGAAGGGGGCCGAGCAAGCAGCAAAAUCUCUGGAGAAACUCUACCGUCUCCUGAGCAGUAUCGCUUGGGACCCGAACCUGUGCCGCAGUGCUGCGUUUCCAGCUUAUCUGUUCAGCCUGAUGCUGGGCAUGGAGAUGGAUGCGACAAUGUACGAGACCGUGAUGGAGCUUCGCACGAUCGAGUCCAUGACCGGGCACCACAGCUACAAGCACAGAAAAAAUUGGAACGGCGCCGGCGAUCCUGGCGACCAGGCCUCCACCGCCGGGCAGGACGGGGACGGUGCAGGUGGCGUGGCUGCAUCGUCUGCCGGCAAGGCCUAUAUCCAUGCUAGCCAAUACGGCCACCAUGGAGAAGCUGCUACACGGAAAAGGCUGGAGGCAGACGCGCUCGCCGAGCUCUCCAGCGAAGUUCCCGGCCACGCGACCAAGCUAGCCAGUGUCAGACGCAAGGCCAAGGUGGUCAAGGAGCUCCUCGACUUCAUCAAGGCAAUGUCGGGGGACGACGAGAAGCUUAUGAGGGACAAUGCUGGUGUUCUGCAGCAACGACUAGAGAUGCAAAAGAUGGAGGCCCAGCAUCUUCGCGAGCGAGUCGAGAUUCAGAUACAGGCAGUAUUUCAUCUGAUAUCCAAAAACGACUACAUGGACAACCUCGAGGUGGCAAACCAGAACAAGCGCAUCUCCGAGUCGAUGAAAGCACUGGCCAUCGUCACCAUGUUCUUUCUCCCGGGAAGUUUCGUGUCAGCCCUCUUCUCCACGCCCUGCUUCAACUGGGACACUGUCGAUGAGAGGAACUUCGAGAGCAUCGGGGUUGGCGUCACCCCGCAGUUCUGGCUAUACUGGUCCUUGACAGCCCCUCUGACAGCCCUCACCUUUAUUGUCUACGCCUGCUGGCUAUGGAUCCAACACGAGAAGGAGGUCGUGAGGUUGAGGGCCGGUGGUAUCGGGAAUCCCGCACCACCGACCAUGAUGAGCCAGCUUGUCCAGGCACCAGGGAUA